AUGACCUGGAAAGAAGUAGCCGCAGAGAAAAAAACAUCAGUGGAUGCGAAAAUACCACACGAGUGGUGGUUGGAGGCAAUUCCAAGUGUUGACGAAGUUAGAAGUGUCAUUGAGUAUAUUGAGGAGAAGCUUGAUGAGAAGGAGGUAAAGAUAACCAAUAGCACUGUAGUUGAAUUGGCUGAAAAGAUCUCCCGGGGAGAACUUUCAGCAAUUGAAGUGACCAAGGCGUUCUGUCAUAGAGCUGCCUUAGCUCACCAACUUACCACUUGUUGUUGUGAGAUCUUCUUUGAAAGAGCUUACAAGAAAGCUGAGGAGCUCGACGAGUACUUCAAAAAGAAUGGGAAGACUGUAGGACCACUUCAUGGGGUUCCCAUUUCUCUUAAGGACCAGGUGAACUUGGAAGGUCUCGACUCGGCUCUUGGAUAUGUAUCCCUCGUAAACAAGCCGAAGAGUAAGGACCAAGUCUCCAACAUUGCCAAAAUUUUGGAAGAUGCCGGUGCCGUUUUCUAUGUGAAGACAACCACCCCAAUGGCUAUGAUGUCUUGUUGUACUUCGUCAAAUAUAUACGGAUAUACUUUAAACCCAUUCAACAGAAAUCUUUCCAGUGGAGGAUCUUCUGGAGGUGAGGGGGCAUUAGUUGGCGCAAAAGGUUCACCACUAGGAUUUGGUACUGAUAUUGGAGGAAGUAUUAGAGUUCCGUCUUCUUUCCAAGGAUUGUAUGGAUUACGGGGUAGCUCUAAUCGUAUUCCGUAUUGUAAAGUUGAUAAUUCGUACGCAAAUGCUCCAGUACUUUCCUCAGUGAUUGGUCCCAUGGCGUGGGAUUUAGAUGAUUUGAAACUUGUAACCAAGUUAAUUAUUGACUCUAAACCUUGGAUUCAUGACCCUAAAGUCCCACCAAUCCCAUGGAGAGAAGUUAUCGAUUAUCCCAAUAAGUUAAGUUUUGGAAUUAUCACUGGGGAUGGAGAAUCAAAGGUUCAUCCACCAAUUGAAAGAGCGUUGAAAAUAGCCAAAGAUGCAUUGAUUGCACAGGGUCACGAAGUUAUUGAAUGGAAGCCACCAGUGUCCCUUGGUACAUGUAGAGAUUUGGCAGUUAGUAUCUACGGCACUGAUGGAUAUAAGGAAAUUGUAGAUGAAUGUGCAAAAUCAGGGGAGCCGAUUGUCAAAGAAAUUCUAGCACUUGCAGGUGACUCAAAGUCUCUCCCUCAGGGUAUCUCGCAUGUUCAUGAACAUUGGGAUCAAGCGAGACUUAGGUAUGAAUAUCAACAGAAAGUUGAUGAGUACUGGUUAUCUACAGCUUCUCAAACAUCCACCGGGAGACCAGUGGAUGGGAUUAUUGCACCAGUGUGGGAAUCAUGUUCUUUCAAGCCUCAAGAUAUCGACUUGUUUAGUCUCUCGUACACUUCUACGUUUAAUAUUCUUGACUACAGUGUUGUGACCACACCAGUUACUUUUGCAAACAAAGACAUUGAUGUUAAGGAUGUAUCUUACAAGCCUAUUAGUGCCCACGAUAAGGCGCUCCAGGCCUAUUACGUUCCAGAACUCUUUGAUGGAGCGCCAGCUGGAGUUCAAGUGAUUACCCCAAGAUACGAAGAAGAGAGAGCUAUUUACCUUGCAGGGGUAUUGAGAGAUGCGCUCAAUUGA